GAUUUUGUGGGAUUGUCAGUGUAUUUUAAAUUUUUUGAAAUCCCACCAAAAUCCAUGAGAUUUUGAUGUAUUGUGCUUAAAUCCUAAAGAAUCUAUAUCAACUCUGCGACAUUUUAUAAGAAUCCGCACAAAAUUAAAAUCCGAUACAAUUCAAUAAAACAGUAGAUUAAAAAAAUCCAUUAAAAUCCCAGUUGAAUACACAUCCCUUAAACACGCAAAUUAAAUGGUGUUUAUGUUAAUCAUAGUGAAUAUAAAUGAAUUCAUAUUAAAUAGAUACAAUCUUUUGGGAUAUUGUACCUUUGUGAUGUUGAAAUCUUGGAAAGAAACGUUUACUUUUUUAUAUAUCACAUAUCUAUAGAUUAAUAAAAAUAAAUACUUUAUAUUAAUGUAAUUAUUGACCAUGUGGAAUCUUUGUUAUAAAUAGAAUGAGUGGGUACCAACCUUGGUCAAGAAACACAAGAAAAAAAAUAUACUACAAGCUUGAGAGAUUAAGAAAAAAAAUGUAUUCCCCAAUAUUGAUGGCAACUUCACACCAAUACAAGAAAAAUUCCAAUCAAGUCAACAAGAUGAGUGAGAAAAACCCACCUUUUACACCGAUUCAAACCAGAUUUGUUGAGAAUCUCUAUGGAAAUUCUCAUGACCAAACCGUGAGUCGAGAAAACCCUGCGAGGCAAGAGCAUGUAGCGACCCAUUAUUUGGUAAAUGAAGAGGGUCAAGUUGCGCAAUUGGAGAGAAAUAUUGAGGGCAACAUUUAUGUUGAAGAACAAAAGAAUCCAAAUUUUGGAAUGGGCAAGCCGAGACUCAAGUGGACCCCUGUUCUUAAUGAACGUUUCAAUCUUGCUGUCCUUGAGCUUGGCGGAUUUUUUAAAGCCACGCCAAAGGCGGUAUUACAAAAGAUGAACGUGAAGGGAGUCACUAUCAUCCAAACCAAGAGCCAUCUCCAGAAGGUUCGAAACCAAGUUCGUAAAGCUUUAAAUACUAUCCAAAUCCCGAAUGCUCAGGCUUAUGAUGUGCCAAAUUCUGGUUCUAGCAUGGGAGAAAAUCAACCAUUGCAUCAGAGUAAUGAGAUUCGUAACUGUCAUAGGAUUGCUCCAACUGAUGAGGGCCAUGCAGUUAACAAUAUGAAAUCUGAUGUAUAAGUUUGUUCUUCAUGAGCUACGUAGACUCCAAAUGCUACAUGCAAUGACCCCUGACGAGGGGAUGAAAUUUAAAGCUUCGAUCUUGGUUAUUUAAUUUUGGGGCUUGUUCUGGUUAUUCUCAUUUAUUUUUGCAUCGAACUUCCUUUUGUGAUUGCGAACGAGUUUUUUGAAAUUUAAGAUUGUUUUAACUAGUUGUGGUUUAAGAUUUUUUUUUUCUUGUCAAUUACC